UGAAACACGCUCGGUGUACCAGGAGAUAUUGAUGGGACACUUGGAUCAGUCCAGCCCGACACCAGCAGCUAAAGUCACCCACAGGCCGAGAACAGAACUAAAGGUUCGGGGACUUACUUUCAGGACCACUAUGAGCAUUUCCACAUAGACUUUAUUCAUCUUAUGAGUUCAGAUGGGACGUUCGGAUGGUGCAAACAUCAGGUGCAUGAGGACUGAAGCAGAGGACAUGUAACAAAGGAGGACAGGAGCUGGAUGAUGGAUGGUAACAUCCCGAGGUUUCUCUAGGCUCUUCAGUUUGGAUCUUCUGUCUAGUUCAAGAUGAGUUGUUUCUGUUCGGUCCAAGAGGAGUUUUACUGUGAGGUUCUGCUCCUGGAUGAGUCCAAGCUGAUUUUAACCACCCAGCAGCAGGGAAUAAAGAAAUCAACCAAAGGUUCUGUAGUGCUGGACUAUGUUUUCAGUCAUGUGAACCUCGCUGAAACCGAGUAUUUUGGGCUUCGCUAUUGCGACUGCAGUCAUCAAACGUACUGGCUCGAUCCCUCGAAAACACUCGCUGAACAUAAAGAUUUGAUAACAACUGGACCUCCGUUCACGCUCUACUUUGGGGUGAAAUUUUACGCUGAAGAUCCCUGCAAACUGAAAGAAGAAAUUACAAGGUAUGAGUUCUUCCUGCAGGUAAAGCAGGACGUCCUGCAGGGGAGGCUUCCCUGUCCGUUUAACAUCAGCACACAGCUGGGAGCGCUUGCUAUUCAGUCUGAGCUCGGAGACUACGACCCGUACAAACACACUCCAGGUUACGUGUCUGAAUAUCGCUUUGUCCCCGACCAGAACGAGGAACUAGAGGACAGCAUCGAACAGAUUCAUAAAACGCUCAUGGGUCAGGUGCCUGCCGAGGCCGAAAACAAUUACUUAGCAAUUGCCAAAACACUGGAAAUGUACGGCGUGGAUCUGCACCCUGUGUUUGGAGAAAAGCAGUCUGAGUACUUCCUGGGCCUGACGCCUGUCGGGGUCGUGGUUUACAAAAAUAAAACGCAAGUGGGGAAAUAUUUCUGGCCAAGAAUGACUAAAGUGCAUUUCAAGGAAACCCAGUUUGAGCUGCGGGUUAUAGGCAGAGAUUGUAAUGAGACGUCGUUCUUCUUCGACGCUCCCAGUAAGACGGCCUGCAAGAACCUGUGGAAGUGCUGCGUGGAGCAUCACACCUUCUUCAGUGGAAAGACUGCAAUGCAGAUCGGACGAGAGCAGUCUGUGACUCUACCGCGACCCGACCUACAGGUGAGCCGAACCCGCAGCAAGACCUACCCGAAGAGAAGCACACAGCCCGCAGGUGAGCUGCACCUCACACCCGAUUUACACCCUCCGUACAUCAUGAUGAAUGAUGUGAUGUUUCCUGACACACAGAACACCCUACUGUUUCACUUUUUCAACAUUUCUUACAAAGAAGCGUUUAAGAAGCCCAGAGUGUCACAUGACAUGAGGCUCAGCGGUCUGUACAACUCCUGCGAGCGGAACAAAUCCCCCAAAGCUCACAGACGUUCACCCUCAGGAGGCAGCGCGAACGAGACGUCUCACUCGGCCCGCCGCAGGAGAGGUCAAACCACUGACGACCCGCAGGCCAACAAACAGUACAGGAGGAGGUCACGUUCCCGUGGAAACACCAGCAGCGGCAGCGAAUCCGAGAAUUCCAACAGGGAACAUCGUAAAAAAAGAAACCGGUCCCGUCAGGAGAAUGAGAUGGUUGAUUCUGGUCCGCAGUGGGAGGUUGUCCUGCGCAGACAGAAAGAAAAAACUCCCAACGAUCCCAACCAUCGGCGCUCGCGACACCGCUCACGAUCACGAAGUCCUGACAUCCAAGCUAAAGAGCAGCUCUGGAAGCACAUCCAAAAGGAGCUGAUCGAUCCUUCAGGUCUCUCUGAGGAGCAACUAAAGGAGAUUCCGUACAAGAAAGUGGAAACACAAGGUGACCCGAUCAAGAUCCGCCAUUCACAUUCUCCCAGGAGCUUCCGGCAGUAUCGACGCUCCCACUGUUCGGAUGGCGAGAGGUCUGUGCUCUCCGAGGUCAACGCUCGGACCGAUCUGGUGCCUCCUCUCCCGGUUACACGCACCGCAGAUGUGCCCGGUUCCAGCUCGACCCCUGCACAGAAGAAGAAAGGCUCCAAAGACACUCUCUCAGAGAGCUCCGAGCAGGACGCAAAAAGCUCCGCCAAGGUGGUGAAGACUGUACACACAUCUCGAGAGAAAACAGAGACGUGACCGCUUUCACAGUCGACGUGUCAAGGACGAACAGCAGGGUUGCCGGUGAAAUGAAAAGUCAAGCUCUGGUGGAGAUGGAAACACUGAAGGGAUCCAGAUACACGGACAUCCUCAAUAAAAAAUGCAUUUCAUCAAGAGUCCAUGCCAUAAAUCAGAGAAAAAUGUAUUUCUUCAGCAGUCUAGGAUGCAUGUGUCCCUUCAUAGAGGUUUUGUGUAUUACAAAAGCGCACUGCAAACCUACUGACAAUCAAAUGAAGGAUGCUGGACUGUCCGUCGGUGGUGUUAUGUCUGAAAUUACAAACAUCUCUUGAACACAUUUUCGUACAGUAUUAAACUUCUGUGAGCUCGAGCAGCACGUGGGAAUGAUUGUAAACAGUGCUUCGUAUUAUUAUUGUUGUUGUUGUUGUUCAUUGUGUCCUCAGAUUUUAGAAUCGGCUUUGCUGUAGGAAAAGCUGCUGUAUUUGUUAUUUUUGUUUUUGCACAAUAAUGUAGACUCUUAUUUCUGUUUAAAAAUCGCUGGAAGCUCACAUUUUUUAGUUGUAACAACUUGUCAAUAAAUACAUUACUGUACAUUCAUACCGGGGUUAAUGUACCUGUCUUGUGUCU